AUGUUGGUCAACGAGUCAAGGAAAACACAUAAAUAUGUGUUUAGACAAUUCACAACAUCUCUUCCACGAAAAGAAACAAAUGAUGACCCAAAGAUGGUCCAGCCAGAGCACCGAGCAAAAGUCAUAAAGCAACGGAAUGCCUACCCACGGGCAAGGGCGUUAGUAUGGCUUACAAUUGAUGGACAAGCAAUGCCUAGACAAAGAAUGAUUCGAGACUCGAACCGGAUCUUUGCCCGUGUCAAAGAUGAACCAAAACCCUUUGGGAUGAAGAAGCUUAGAGCUAGAAACCAAAAAUAUAGUGACGGAGUGUCAAUCACUCUAACACACAAGCUUUAUUGUAUAAUAGAACUAAGUAAUGUCUAUGACGAACAAAACAAAACCCUGAAGAACCAUGUGAAACACAAGAUUGAUAGGCGCACAGAAAAGAGCGGGUGA